AUGGAGGAGUCCGAAGCAGAACUUCUGCUCAACUUUUCCCUUAUUGUGAAACAUGUAGUUAUUUCUAUUUCUUUUGAUUUUGAACAGGUGAACAGCAUUCACCCUGAAUGUCGAUUUCAUUUGGAAAUACAAGCGGAAGAAACAAAAUGUGCAAAGUUUUUAAGUGCCCACACAGAAAAAUACAAAGCCUGCAGUGGGGUCUGGGACAACAUUACGUGCUGGCGCCCUGCUGACAUAGGAGAGACCGUCACAGUUCCCUGUCCAGAAGUUUUCCGCAAUUUUUACAACAAUCCAGGAAAUAUAAGCAAAAAUUGUACAAGUGAUGGCUGGUCUGAGAUGUUUCCCGAUUUCAUAAACGCAUGCGGCUAUAAUGACCUUGAGGACGAAAGCAAGAUCACGUUUUAUAUUCUGGUGAAGGCCGUUUACACCCUGGGGUACAGUGUUUCUCUGAUUUCCCUCACAACCGGAAGUAUCAUUCUUUGCCUUUUCAGGAAACUACACUGCACCCGGAACUACAUCCACCUGAACCUGUUCCUGUCCUUCAUCCUGAGAGCCAUCUCGGUGUUGGUCAAGGAUGACGUCCUCUAUUCAAGCUCGGGCACACUGCACUGCCCUGACCAUUCGUCCUCGUGGGUUGGCUGCAAGCUGAGUUUGGUGUUCUUCCAGUACUGCAUCAUGGCAAACUUUUAUUGGCUCUUAGUGGAAGGAUUGUACCUCCACACCCUCCUUGUGGUUAUCUUCUCCUCAAACAUACACUUCCUGGUCUAUCUUCUGAUUGGAUGGGGCAUCCCCACUGUCUGCAUAGUGGCAUGGACUGUGACGAGGAUCUUUUUAGAAGACACGGGUUGCUGGGAUACAAAUGAAAAAAGCAUUCCCUGGUGGGUUAUACGAAUACCCAUUGUAAUUUCCAUUAUAGUCAACUUUCUCUUUUUUAUUAGUAUUAUAAGAAUUUUACUACAGAAGCUAACAUCACCAGAUGUCGGCGGCAAUGACCAGUCACAGUAUAAGAGGCUGGCCAAGUCCACGCUGCUGCUCAUCCCCUUGUUUGGGGUUCACUAUAUGGUGUUUGCCGUCUUUCCAAUUGGCAUCUCCUCCGAGUACCAGAUCCUGUUUGAGCUGUGCCUGGGAUCGUUCCAGGGCCUGGUUGUGGCGGUGCUCUACUGCUUUCUCAACAGCGAAGUGCAGUGUGAGCUGAAAAGGAAAUGGCGAAAUUUAUGUCCCAACCGGUCCAUGAGCCGGGAUUACAGGCUCCAUACCUCUUCCAUCUCUCGAAAUGGCUCGGAGAGUGCCCUGCAGUUCCACCGGAAUUCUCGCGCCCAGUCGUUCCUGCAGACGGAGACCUCGGUCAUCUAGCCAACGCCCACCUGCUCCGUCUAGCAGACAAACUCAGUGAAAGACUAUACAAAGUCUACGCGGCCAGAUGUGGCGGGCGUUCCCUAAAAUGUGCAAUGUGUGCUUGCUGUCUCCUGUGCCACAUGUUAAGAAUGCGUUUGGUUGGGUCAAUCAGCGUUGUCUCAGUGUAGUACAGCUGAUCAUUAACACAUCCUCGUGUGGAA